AUGGGCGAUGUGGCGGAUAAGCACCUGGCAAACGGAGGAGAAAGGAAGACAGUUAUCUGCAUCGAGGGGAAUAUCGCUAGCGGGAAAACAACCUGCCUGGAUUAUUUUGCAAAAAACACUGGCAUUGAGGUGUUGACAGAACCAGUAUCUAAAUGGAGGAACGUCCGUGGACAUAACCCUCUGGGCUUAAUGUAUCAAGAUGCAACCCGGUGGGGGCUGACACUACAGACUUACGUGCAGUUGACUAUGUUGGACCGGCAUACAAAACCAAUGAUUUCUCCCAUAAGAAUGAUGGAGAGGUCCAUUCACAGUGCAAAGUACAUUUUUGUGGAGAACUUAUAUCGCAGUGGGAAAAUGCCAGAAGUAGAUUACGUCAUCCUGACGGAGUGGUUUGACUGGAUCAUCAAGAAUGUGAAUGUGUCACUUGAUCUGAUAGUUUAUCUACAGACCUCUCCUGGCAUGUGUUACCAGAGACUCAAGCAGAGGUGCAGAGAAGAGGAAAAAGUCAUUCCCAUGGAGUAUUUAGAAGCUAUUCAUCAGCUUUAUGAAGACUGGCUCAUUAAACAAACAUUGUUCAAAGUCCCUUCUCCGGUACUCGUGCUACAGGCCGACGAUGACCUGCAGGAAAUGAUGGAGAAAUACGAAGAGAAUCAGGACCAAAUCUUAAUGUUGGACAACACCCAACGCCGUCUGUAGAAUUAGCUGCCUUACUAUGGACAAGACGCUGUUGCCCGAAACAAGAAGUACACAGUUGGUAGCCUAAGCCUAGAGAGAGCUGAAGAUGGGUUCCCGCAAGCAGCUUGAAUUGGUGGGCUUGGAAACUUGAAGGCAUCCUGAGAAGCUUUACAAAGUGGUCCAAGUGCUGGAACUGCAGAAUUGCUGAGAAGGUUACACCAUUUCUAUGCAGGAUGACCCACCCAGAACCAGACUGCAAUUUAGUCUUGGGAAGAAUUGGAUUCUGCGCUCUUCUCUGUUUUUGGACUGUUCCCUUGAAGAGUAAGCACCCACAUAUAAGGUGUGGCUAAUACUUCUCUUUCAGCAGCCCUUCUGCUUUUUUUUAGCUUGCCCUUAACGCUGCUAGUGAGACCCGAGCGAUUCAGAAAUGAUGGAGAAAUAGGAAGAGAAUCGGAAUGAAAUGCGUAGCUAUUGACUUCAUUCUUUCUGCUCCCAGCAGAUGCUGCUCUUUGGAGUUAGCAAACGUACAGCUUGCUUUCUGAACGGGCCUGCCUCAAAUACAAUCACAUUUAAAUCUUAUUUUUUUUUAAAGAAUUUUAAUAGAAGGCGACAAAGAAAACAAUUGGCCAAUGCUAGUAGGUACUUAUUGCAUUUGUGUUAAUACUUUUAAGUAUACGAAAAAGCUUAUACAA